GGAGCGACCUCUUCUACCGCCGCCGCCGUCUUUGUAGACUCCACGGGCUUUAGUUUCCUCUGUGUCCAUACUGGUGCUGCUUCGGCUUCUUUGCUCUUAACCCACGGAGCUAUCAUGUUCAAGUUAGCCAUUGUGUUGGCAUUGGCGUGCUUCGCUCACAGCCUUCCUACUCAGGAAUCUGAAACGCGUAACGUCCAAAUAAUAACACGAGCACAAUGGGGUGCAAGAGCGCCAAACAGCCGGACUACUCUUGCCACGCCAGUGCCGGAAGUUAUCAUCCACCACAGCUUCUCUCCGGGAGCAUGUUGGUCUCAGUCGGCUUGUGCAACGGCGAUGAGGUCUAUGCAAAAUCAUCACAUGAAUACCAAUGGUUGGGCUGACAUUGGUUACAAUUUCGCAGUAGGCAGCGACGGUUUGGUAUACGAAGGAAGAGGCUGGACUACACAAGGUGCACAUGCUCCCGCCGUUAAUAGCAGGAGCAUCGGAAUUUGUUUGAUUGGAAACUGGAGUACUACUAGCCCACCAGCUGUACAACUGACUGCAACUCAAAACCUUAUAAACAUGGGAAUGUCGAACGGUCGUAUCCAACGUGCUCACUGGCUACGUGGACACCGGCAAGUUACGGCCACCGAUUGCCCAGGGAACACCCUGUUCAAUACCAUUCGUUCAUGGCCAAACUUCCGAGCUUAACUUGUACUGAACUUAAUAAAGUAAUUGAAACAUUGACAUGUAAUAAAAACAAUUAACGACUUUUAUUCUGCCCAGCAAUC